AUGGCAUCAAUUGAUGCACAGUUGAGGCUAUUGGCACCUGGGAAGGUUUCAGAGGAUGAUAAAUUGGUGGAGUAUGAUGCUUUGUUAUUGGAUCGUUUUCUUGAUAUUCUUCAGGACUUGCAUGGGGAGAAAAUCAGAGAAACGGUUCAAGAAUGCUACGAACUCUCUGCGGAGUAUGAAGGGUCGCGUGAUCCACAGAAACUGGAAGAGCUCGGGAAAGUCCUUACGAGUUUGGAUGCUGGGGAUUCUAUUGUGCUGGCAAAAUCUUUUUCCAACAUGCUUAAUUUAGCCAACUUGGCUGAAGAGGUUCAGAUUGCAUACAGACGUAGAAGUAAGCUUAAAAAGCAGGACUUUUCUGAUGAGGCCUCUGCAACAACUGAAUCGGAUAUUGAAGAGACUUUAAAGAGGCUUGUAGGACAACUGAACAAGACUCCUGAAGAAGUUUUUGAUGCUUUGAAGAAUCAGACGGUUGAUUUAGUAUUUACAGCACAUCCUACUCAGGCUGUUCGUAGAUCUUUGCUUCAAAAGCAUGCAAGGAUUCGAGAUUGUCUGACUCAGCUAAAUGCCAAAGACAUUAAUCCUGACGAUAAGCAGGAGCUUGAUGAGGCGUUACAAAGAGAGAUACAAGCUGCUUUUCGCACGGAUGAAAUUAGAAGGAAUCCUCCUACUCCUCAAGAUGAGAUGAGGGCAGGAACGAGUUACUUCCAUGAAACGAUUUGGAAGGGGGUGCCAAAAUUCUUACGGCGCGUUGACACUGCUUUGAAAAACAUUGGAAUAAAUGAGCGGGUUCCUUAUAAUGCCCCUCUAAUCCAAUUUUCUUCUUGGAUGGGUGGGGAUCGUGACGGCAACCCAAGGGUAACUCCUGAAGUUACUAGGGAUGUAUGCUUAUUAGCUAGAAUGAUGGCUGCUAAUUUGUACUUCUCCCAGAUUGAGGAUCUCAUGUUUGAGCUUUCUAUGUGGCGUUGCAAUGAAGAACUCCGUGCACGUGCAGAUGAACUUCACAGCACUUCAAAAAGAGAUGCAAAGCAUUACAUUGAGUUUUGGAAGCAAAUUCCGCCAAAUGAACCUUAUCGUGUUAUUCUUGCUGAUGUGAGGGACAAGCUAUAUCAUACACGUGAACGUGCUCGUCAAUUGCUUGCCAAUGGAAUCUCUGAUAUUCCAGAGGAGGCAACCUUCACCCAUGUGGAUGAGUUUCUUGAGCCUCUUGAGCUAUGUUAUAGAUCACUCUGUGCUUGCGGUGAUCGGCCAAUUGCUGAUGGAAGCCUUCUUGAUUUCUUACGACAAGUUUCCACGUUUGGGCUUGCACUCGUGAGACUUGAUAUAAGGCAAGAGUCAGAUAGGCACACUGAUGUUCUAGAUGCUAUUACAAGGCACCUGGAGAUCGGGUCGUACAAAGACUGGUCAGAAGAACGCAGACAGGAGUGGCUUUUAUCUGAACUUAGUGGCAAACGCCCUCUUUUUGGGCCCGAUCUUCCCAAAACCGAAGAAAUUGCUGAUGUCUUAGACACCUUUCAUGUCAUUGCUGAACUCUCGUCAGAUAACUUUGGGGCUUACAUAAUUUCCAUGGCAACUGCCCCAUCUGAUGUCCUUGCAGUAGAGCUUUUACAACGCGAGUGCCGUGUCAAAAUUCCUCUAAGGGUUGUCCCGUUGUUUGAAAAGCUUGCUGAUCUCGAGGCUGCACCUGCUGCUGUGGCUCGGCUUUUCUCUAUAGAUUGGUAUCGUAAUAGGAUUAAUGGGAAACAGGAAGUCAUGAUUGGGUAUUCGGAUUCAGGAAAGGAUGCUGGACGGCUUUCUGCAGCAUGGCAGUUAUAUAAGGCCCAGGAGGAGCUUAUAAAGGUAGCAAAGCAAUACGGCAUAAAGCUCACAAUGUUUCAUGGCCGAGGUGGGACAGUUGGAAGAGGAGGUGGCCCAACUCAUCUUGCUAUAUUAUCUCAGCCACCAGACACCAUUCACGGGUCGCUUCGUGUCACUGUUCAAGGUGAAGUUAUUGAACAAUCAUUUGGCGAGGAGCACUUAUGUUUCAGAACACUCCAACGUUUUACUGCAGCUACACUUGAGCAUGGAAUGCACCCACCUGUUGCACCAAAGCCAGAAUGGCGUGCUCUCAUGGAUGAGAUGGCUGUGAUUGCCACAAAAGAGUAUCGUUCUGUAGUUUUCCAGGAACCUCGAUUUGUUGAGUACUUCCGCCUCGCAACACCUGAGUUAGAGUAUGGUCGGAUGAACAUCGGGAGCCGCCCAUCAAAAAGAAAGCCUAGUGGUGGAAUAGAAUCACUCCGAGCCAUUCCAUGGAUAUUUGCAUGGACGCAGACGAGAUUUCAUCUUCCUGCCUGGCUUGGCUUUGGUGCUGCAAUCAAGCAUGCCAUUGGGAAGGAUAUUAGAAAUCUUCAGACUCUUAAGGAUAUGUACAAUGAAUGGCCUUUCUUCAGAGUGACAAUUGACUUGAUUGAAAUGGUUUUGGCCAAAGGAGACCCAGAAAUUGCUGCUUUGUAUGACAAGCUUUUAGUGUCAGAAGAUUUGUGGCCAUUUGGAAAGCAACUGGGUAACAAUUAUGAAGAAACUAAGAAUCUGAUCCUUCAGGUUGCUGGACACAAGGAACUUCUUGAAGGAGAUCCCUACUUGAGGCAGAGACUCCGACUUCGGGAUCCAUAUAUAACCAUCCUUAACGUCUGCCAAGUCUACACAUUGAAGCAGAUACGUGAUCCAAGUUACCGUGUAAAGGUGAGGCCACAUCUCUCGAAAGAGAUAAUGGAAAUGGAUAUGAGCAAACCGGCUGCUGAACUGGUGAAGCUUAACCCUAAAAGCGAGUAUGCUCCCGGGUUGGAAGACACACUUAUCUUGACCAUGAAGGGUAUUGCAGCUGGAAUGCAGAACACGGGUUAA